GCGAAACCACGCCUCUUCAGUUACUCACGUAUCAACAUGGCGACGUGCAGAAAGAUGGGACGAAGCGGAAGAAAUAUGUGUGCUCUUUCUCUGGUUAUUUCCCUCCAACUGUUAGCCAGCGGCUGCCUGUCAGCUCCAGUGAAUAACGUAACGGAAGCAACAAGCCAGGAGAAACCGGUGGGAACCACAUCUCAAAAUCUAAAUUUGACCAUUGUGAGCAACAACACAGGUGAAGCAGAGCCUUCGCCAUCUCCAAUGGAUUCAAUGAAUUUAACAGAUUCCAAGGAUCCAAUGACACCUGCUGGCAAUGUCUCCGAAACAACAAAGGAAGAUGCUCCUAAAGACAACCACACAACAGCCAUUGAACCAAAAAUGUCUACAAUGCGUAAGGAAACAAAUCCAGUCACCAUCAUUGAUAGCUCUGAUAAUACACAACAGCAAGGAGCUGGUGGCAAUGGCGACACACAAACAGAUGCGGCUGGAAAGAAACCAGACAACAAUAAUGCAACAGAUGGACCUGCUGAUUCCAAACCCACCCAAGCUUCUAGUCCUGAAGUUCCCAACACCUCUGCCAAAGCCCCGGAACCAGCCAAACCUGUCACGGAAGCGGUAGAAGCACCCGUCUCCGCCUCCAAACCCGCCAACACUCUGGACCUGUUCACACUGCCGGACACUGAUGCAGACCUGCUGGAGACCACUGACAAAGCACCGGCACCGCAGAAUGAUCUGGAUGGUUACUCAGAUGAGGGCAACGACGAGGACGAUGACACCUACAUGACCAACGACGAUGAGGACAACAUUGGCGGCGCAUUUGAAAAUGAUGUCAAAGACCAGACUGUGAGCAGGCAGCAGCCAGACGGGAUGGAGGUGACCCGUUACAAGGGAGCAGACAGCUACAACACAGAGGAUGAGGACUCCCACUUCUUCUUUCAUCUGGUCAUUCUGGCUUUCCUGGUGGCAAUCGUUUACAUCACCUAUCACAACAAGAGGAAGAUCUUCCUUCUGGCUCAGAGUCGGCGCUGGAAGGACAGUCUGUGUUCCCGCAACACCGUGGAGUAUCACCGCCUGGACCAGAACGUCAACGAGGCCAUGCCAUCCCUCAAGAUGACCCGAGACUACAUUUUCUGAUCCACGUUGAGAAGAACAAUAUGUCCAGACCUGCACAGAGCCAGUUGGCCUUCCUGCCUGGUCACAUUGUUGAGAUGCUGUGCUUUGUCAUGGAGCCUGAUUGAUGCUUUCACUUGCUUUACUCUUGGAGAACAUUAUGUCUUUGGGAUUGAAUUCUGUUUAUUCAGGACUUUUCUGUUGUCUGCAUAGAGAGAUUUUUAUAUGUUCUUCUUAUUUGUUAUGUUAUUUGUAUUCCCCCCCCCACCCCCCCCGCAAUUAAUGAUUUAUUGGGAUUUAAUAUUUUGGUUUAUUAGGAUCUUAUUUGUCUUUUUUGGGAGUGUUUCAACCUUAUGGUCCCUCUACACCAGUUUCCCCUCUUGCAUACUGUCUUAACGUUAAAUCCUCACUUUAGGAAUAGGAAGAAUUGAGGUCAUAAUAUAAUGCUUAAUUAUAACAGAUUAUUUACCCCAAGAUUAUUAAUAGAUUUCUCUCUGAUUUCUCUCGCUGAUACAUAAAUGCAGUCAUUAAAAAAAACCUGGCUGAUUUGCCAUAGAUCUUGCUAUAAGAAAGUAGUGUAAACUAUAAAAAAAAGAAUUAUACACUGGGAAAAUUGAUUUAAAUUUACAAAGUCAAAAUAUUCCUUAGUGUUUAUAUGAAAUUAAUUUGAUGUAAUUUUUCUUUAUUUAGCAUAGAAAGAUUUUUCACCGAAAUUUCAAAUGUAGUUAACAUUUAUUUUUCAACUGUUUAACCAUCACCUAUGUUUCCUGUCACACCUUUGCAAAAAAUGUCUUUAUAUACGUUCUAUUUAGAUUUUACAUCAUAUAAGGGAUGUAAAAUCCCUAUUACAUGUUGGGAAAUUAAGCUGCACAUUAAGUCAAGGAGGGGGACUACACUUCAGGUGAGGGGUCUGUCGACAUGUUUAAGCCAUUUAAAUGAAGACUGAUACUGAAUAUUGUUCAGGUUAGAAUGUACUAAUAUAAUGUAUGGAAGAAGACUUUUUCCUUGUUCGUCAUUUUACUUGUCUACGGUACCUGUUCUACCGCCCAGAUUUUGCUAUGCAGAAAAUCCCGGGGCUGGCCCUCUUUGUUUUAUGACUUCGGUGAAGUCUCUAUCAAUCAUUUAUGGUCUUCAUUGUGGCAAAAUAAGACUCACCCAGAACGUUUAAUUUUUUAGUUGCCUCCUGUCGGAGUACAGUUUGGACUGGUAUCUCUGUUCAUCAGACAUGUUGUCUGCUCUGUGUGGCCUGAUGGUAACUUUUAUACCAUUCAUUACCAGAAUAUGGUGUCCAGAUACAGUCCAAACCGUGGACUGUGAGCAAAAACCACAAGAAAAACAAGAACAGACCACAUUUGUAGUGUCUAUUUCUUAUUCCUCUCAGUCGCGUUUUUCUGUCUAUUGCCGUCUCAUGCCUUCAAUUAAAAUGCCAUAACUUCCACAUGAAUCCACAUAUUGUUUAUCAAUCUCUUGUCGCCUUCUGCCAGUUGUUUUCAGCUGUCCUGCCCGUAUAUAAAGCUACACAGUGGUUAGAUUGAUAACGUGAUUUGCACUGUACUGUUCAGUCAUAUUAGCUAGAAUAUGAGGGGAGGAGGUGUCCUGCGUAAAGGUUAUGGAUCAACACUGCUCUUGCAAUCAACAGUAGAAACUGUAUAAUCUCUUUUUUUCUGUCAAUAAAGCACAAAUUGUGUACAAAGUC